AUGGAGAAUCUCCCUAUUGAAAUCUUGCGACACAUUUGUUUUAUGAUUAAAACAGACUUCCGAGGCGAUCUUCCGCAGCUCAGAUUAACCAACAGACUGUGGAGUGACCUAGUGGCUCCGUUUCUGUUUGAAACCCUUAUAGUAGAAUUCCGGGACCUGGCUGGGCUCCAGGCGACCGCAUCUGAGGUUGACCUUGGUGGAAGAGGGCAGACAUUUCUCAAGUAUGCCCGGGAUGGAGUUUGCCGAGUACAUUCCGCCAGCUCACAGGGACACGUUCCUGGAGCACCGGCUUGGGGAAUCCUUCGACUCCUGAAUUUGAGUGUUAUUCAUUAUUCACAGAAGGACUGGCAGCCGCUUGUGUCGCUGAUCGCCCGUCUUGAGCAUCUGAAAGAGCUGAACUACGCGAUAAAAAUUAUGUUUCCUGCACCUGUUCAUCAGGCCAUCCGCCAGUAUCAUCCCGGGUGCCGGGUGAAUAUCUGGACCUUUCAGACCUUGAGCAUCGAUGUACCCGGCCUAGGAAGAACUCGCCCUAAUUCUUAUUUUUCAAGGGAUGAUCCAUUCGAGAUCGACAUUCUCUGGUCCCCAGGGCUCCAUACCCUCGCUGUGACUUACUCCACCGCAAGGGAUCCCAAUGGAGGUCAAGAAUUUGUCCACUUGGACGAGCUUCUUCCCUUUGUCUGCAUGGGUCAAAACCUCAAACAUCUGACCAUACGCGAUAUAGGUACUAACGGCAACCUUUCUAUCAUGAGGAUCAAACAGGAAUGGAAAGACUUCUCAGCUGAAUUAAAGCCCGUCCUGGCAGCUUGUUUGGAGUCCCUCUCAUUGGACUUUAGAGAUAAAUACGGGCCGUUGGAGGAGAUCCUGCUGAAACUGGGGAAUCUCAUCGACCUAUCUUGGCUCCGGUCAUUGGAUAUGACCGUUCACUCCAACCCGAGAUUGCUGGCCCAAGCCGCUUCGCUUUUCCACAGCUUAGAGCGGCUGUUUGUUACCAUGGACCCAUGGGCCAAACACUUCAAUGCGGAUGACGAGGAGAUGCUGGCCGCAGUCCGAACUUUUGCUCCGGUGAGGUUCCUCUGUCUGCGCGGCUUAGGCAGCACUUCUUCCCUCGAUGACAUCCUUCAGCACCACGGCACAUCAUUGCAGGGCCUUGCAAUUGAGGCAUUGGAGGACGGACGGCUGUUCGGGUCGCCAACAAUAUAUGAUAACGGAUACUACAAGUACCCAGUUUUAGACAGUCAACAUAUUUCUCAGCUGGUAGACUGUUGCCCAAACUUGCAGGAACUUCGGCUCCAGAUUAAGCGCCAAGGAGGCAAUCACCGGGAGUGCAACAUAUACAGAGCACUUGGUCAAUUCACGCAGCUGCAUACCUUAAUCCUGGAUUUGCAUUGCGAUCCCAGACGACAGUCGCUUAUCUGGGGAGAAAUACCUAGCACUGCUUGUCUACGAGAGAUUCUGAUCAAUGCUGCGACGGAUGAAAGCCUUGCAAUCAGAAUUUGGGAUCUCAUUGCGUCAAGUCAACCCAGCAGAAGACUGAGAAAGCUACGCAUCAUACCCUUCGGAGCGAACUCCUAUUCGAAGGAGGAGAAGCAUGUGAUCCGGCAACUGAGUCAUUCAUUUCUUCUCAGCCGGUCUGAUUCCUACAGCCACAGGAACCCGGAUGUGCGGGAGAUUGGGAAGAUUGGGAAAGAAGCAUGGAAAUUGUGGCGAGAGGCCGACAUUACUAACCGCCGUGUACAUAUACCCCAGCAGAUCGAAGAUCUCUUGAAUGAGAUCUGGCCGCCCACUCGGGGGAUACAGAAAAAAGACUGGAGCCAGUACUGGAAGAGCUUCCCGUUACAGACGGAUCUUCUGUGA